AUGGCUAUGUAUAAGAAACCAGUCAGAAUAUGCGAGAGCAGAGAAUGUUUGAGAUCGGCGGCUAACCUAGCGCUUUCAAUGGACAAGAGUGCUGAUCCAUGUGAUGACUUCUACCAGUACGUAUGUGGUAACUGGGGUUCCGACCAUCCUCGGCCAGACUCAUUUGAAUCUUACGACUGGUUCAGAGACAAACAGACAAAAGUGUACUCUAUAGUGAGAGAUUUCUUAAAUAAGAAUACUACUCAUCAUCCGAAGCCAGUCCAGCAAGCGAAAGAUAUGUUCAAUGGUUGUAUGGAUACAGCUACAUUGGAUAAACGAGGACUAAAACCAGUGAUGAGCGCCUUAGAGUCACUCGGCCUUCCACCGUUUCCUACAUUCAUCAAUGCUACUGAUGAUUUUGAUUACUCGACAUAUGAAUUCAACUGGCUGGAUGCGGUGAUCAAGAUUAAGACACAGAUUGGCAUGGAUGUGUUAAUAGGUUUUGAUAUAUUCACGGACCCGAGGAAUUCAUCACUUUAUAGACUAGUCAUGGGAUCUCCUGAGACCACCAACCCGUUUCCAAGUACACACAACAAAAGAAAACGUCAUAAUGGUAGAAAAGAUCUUGGAAGUCUUAUAAAGAUCAUAGAAGAAAGUAAAAAAUUCGUACGUCACAUGGAUCGCCGUAGUGAUAAAUCUGAUGAUGAUGAAAAACGUGCACAAGUACACAAAAUCUUCUAUGCAGAAUUGAUUAAAUUGUUCGUGAUAGAAUCUGAUAAUGUCAAAAAGUCUAAAUUGUCUGAAGUUGAACUAGAUCAGAACAUUAUACUGUCGUCAGAAGAAUAUUAUAACAGAAACGAUGAUAUUUAUGAGCUUGAAGUGAACAACUCAACAGAAAUAGAUGACGAUGAUUAUGACUUAUCAAUCCCGGAAUACAAAAUUGAAGAAAUCCAAUCCCACACAGAUGCAGUAGUGGAAAACAAUAAUGGUACAGCUUCACCCAUUUGGAAGAAAUAUUUAGAAGGAAUUUUCAAUGUCAGUAAAGUAGCACUAGACUUUGAAAAGGAUAAAGUAUUGGUGGCCGAUCCUGACUUGAAAUAUAUGUCGUUAAUGGCAGCUUAUAUUUCAAAAACUCCGCCUGUUGUGCUUGAACUAUAUAUUUGGGUCAAGGUAGUCGAGGUGAUGGCAGUCCAUACAACUACAGAACUUCAAGCGCUUUUCCAACGAGCUUACGAACAGAGCCACUCGCAAGCAACUACCCCACCUCGGUCCUUACAGUGUGCUAAUGCAGUUAAUGACAUGCUUGGGAUGGCUGUGUCUUAUGGUAUUGCUGAUCCAUACUUCUUUAAUGUCACCAAACCUAAGAUAAUAAUGAUGAUAGAUGAACUCAAAAACUCACUAGCUCACCUUGUCGGUCAAGCUAAAUGGAUGGAUGAUAACACCAAGUUAGCAACGUACCGAAAAAUUAUUGAAAUGAAAUCAUUAAUAGGGUUUCCUGAUUGGCUAUUAGAAGAAGGCAAACUAGAAGAAUACUACGAUGGUAUAGAAAUAGAUCCAUCGAAGCAUUUAGAGAACAUGAUUAAUAUAAUUCAGGUUAAGAUUAGAAAAGCAUUAAAUAGAUUUCGUGAAGGCAAUAAUUUUACUUGGGCGACUGAUCCUACUGAAGUCAACGCAUAUCAUACAUUUCAAGAAAAUACAAUAACUAUUCCUAUGGUGAUGUUACAACAUCCCUUCUUUGAUUUGGGUUUGAAUUCCCUCAACUACGGCUCACUGGGUACCGUUCUUGGUCACGAAAUAACACACGGCUUCGAUAACUUUGGCCGUAAGUUCGACAAAAAUGGCAACAUGCUGCCUUGGUGGUCUAAUGAUACGAUCGAGUCGUUUAUCAAUAAGACACAAUGUUUUGUAGAUCAAUACUCCACUUAUUAUGUAUCUGAACUUGAUGAACAUGUUGAUGGUAAAAAGACGUUGGGGGAAAAUAUAGCAGAUAAUGGCGGUGUACGAGAAGCUUUAGCAGCUCUAAGGCUUCACCUAAAGAGACGAGGUCCUGAACCGAAAUUACCAGGCUUCGAACAUAUGACCUCAGAGCAACUGUUCUUUCUGUCUUAUGGAAAUCUUUGGUGUGGCGUAUACACUAAAGAGUCGUUGCAACUAGAUCUUGAAGAUGAACACUCUCCACAGCAAUUUCGCGCACGUGGUGCUUUACAGAACAUUGAAGACUUUGCCAAGGCGUGGCACUGUAAGCCAGAUUCUGCUAUGAAUCCUCGCAAAAGAUGUAUUAUAUUCUAA